GGAGGAGAGGAAGGAGACGAGCGCUGCACGCAGCCCCGCCCGCUGCGGCCCGGCUCGAUCGCUCACUCAGUCGCUCGCUGUGUCGGCGUCCGGGCGGGCUGCGAGCGGCCGCGGAGUGCGGAGCGGAGCUGCAGCGAGUCGGAGGGGCGGCGGGAGCGGUCGGCAGCGGCCGCCCAGAAGCAGUGGAAGGAGAAGAAGGCGAGAGAGGAGAGUGGCAGAAGAAGCCGGCGACGGAGAGGCCUGGAAGCGGCGAGCGUGAGGUGUCGGCGGUGUUGCGGUGGCGGCGGGGCCGUACGGGAGAUGUGCGCGGCGAGAGAAGGGCGCUGCGGCCGGCGGCAGCGGGCGCUGCUGUGCUGCGUGUUGGUGGCGGCGUGGGAGGCGGCGCGGGGACAGCUGCGCUACUCGGUGCCCGAGGAGCUGCCCAAGGGCUCGUUCGUGGGCGACGUGGCCAAGGACCUGGCGCUGGAGCUGGCGGCGCUCGGCGCCGGCGGCGCCCGAGUGGUGUCGCAAGGCAGGACGCAGUAUUUCGCUCUGCAUGCGAGCAGCGGGCACUUGGUGACGGCCGAGAGGAUAGACAGGGAGCAGCUGUGCCGGCUGCUGGAGGAAUGCGUGCUGCGCUGUGAGCUGAUCGUGGAGGGCGAGAUGAAGGUUUAUGCAAUUGAAGUGGAAAUCACGGAUAUUAACGACAAUACGCCCAGCUUUGGCGAGACAGAAAAUAAACUGAGAAUGAGCGAGACAACAGCCCCGGGAACUCUAUUUCCGCUUCCAGAGGCUCACGACCCGGACGUGGGUGUGAAUUCCCUGCAGAGCUACGCGCUGAGCGGCGACGAGCACUUCUCGUUGUCCGUGCAGGCGGGAGCCGACGGCGAGAAGCGUCCCGAGCUGGUGCUGGCCAAGGCGCUGGACCGGGAGGAGGCGGCGUUUCACGAGCUGCUGCUGAGGGCGAGCGACGGCGGCGACCCGGCGCGGACGGGCACGGCGCGCAUCCGCGUGGCUGUGCUGGACGCCAACGACAACGCGCCCACGUUCAGCCAGGCGGUGUACACGGUGCGAGUGCCCGAGGACGUGCCCGUGGGCUCCACGCUGCUCCGCGUCACCGCCACCGACCCCGACGACGGAACCAACGGCGACGUGAAAUAUUCGAUGAAGAAAGCCACAGACACUGCCUCGGAGAUCUUCCAUCUUGAUUUAGAUGUAGGAGCGAUCAGGCUCAUAAGGAACCUGGACUUUGAGGAAUGGAAUUCCUAUGAAUUGGAAUUACAGGCACGGGACGGAGGUGCUUUCGACACAGCGAAGGUGUCGAUCUCGGUGACAGACGUGAACGACAACGCGCCCGAGAUUUACCGGUGCAGGUCGGCGCUGAGCGAGAUCUCGGAGGACGCGGCGCCGGGGACGGUGGUGGCGCUGCUGCACGUGCAGGACCGCGACUCGGGCGCCAACGGGGAGGUGCGGUGCAGCCUGGGCGAGGGCGUCCCGUUCCGGCUGGAGCGGGCGCUGGACGACUACUACAGCGUGGUGACGGCGCGGGAGCUGGACCGCGAGCGGGCGUCGGAGUACAACGUGACGGUGCGGGCGGCGGACGGCGGGUCGCCGGCGCUGCGGAGCGGCGCGGUGCUGGCGCUGCGGGUGCUGGACGUGAACGACAACGCGCCGGUGUUCGCGGAGGCGCGCUACAGCGCGCGGCUGCCCGAGAACAACGCCGAGGGCGCGCUGGUGCUGACGGUGCGCGCGUGGGACGCGGACUGGGGGCAGAACGCGCGCGUGCGCUACCGGCUGCGGGAGGGGCGGCUGCGGGGCGCGCCGCUGUCGUCCUACGUGUCGGUGCAGGCGGAGACGGGCGCGCUGUACGCGCUGCGCUCGUUCGACUACGAGGAGGUGCGCGAGGUGGAGCUGUGGGUGCGGGCGGAGGACGGCGGCGCGCCGCCGCUCAGCAGCAACGUGUCGGUGCGGCUGCUGAUCGCGGACGAGAACGACAACGCGCCGCAGGUGCUGUACCCGCCGGCGGCGCCGGGGCCGGGGCCGGGUCCGGGAUCGGGCGCGGGCGUCGGUGCGUGGGGCUCGGCGUCGGGCGCGUGGAGCUGGGCGGGCGUGGAGCUGGCGCCGCGCUCGGCGGAGCCCGGCGCGCUGGUGGCCAAGGUGGUGGCGGUGGACGCGGACGCGGGGCAGAACGCGUGGCUGUCGUACGAGCUGGCCAAGGCGACGGAGCCGGGGCUGUUCCGCGUGGGGCUGCACAGCGGCGAGGUGCGCACGGCGCGCUCGCCGCUGGCCCGCGACGCGGCCCGGCACAGCCUGGUGGUGGUGGUGAAGGACCGCGGGCGGCCGGCGCUGUCGGCCACGGCCACGCUGACGGUGGUGCUGGCCGAGAGCGUGGCCGAGCUGCUGUCGGAGCUGGGCAGCGCGGCGGCGCCGGCCGAGCCCGCCGGCAGCCUGACGCGCUGGCUGGUGCUGGCCGUGGCGGCCGUGUCCUGCCUCUUCCUCGCCUUCCUGCUGCUGCUGCUGGCGCUGCGCCUGCGCCGCUGGCGCCGCUCGCGGCUGCUGCCGCCGCCUUCGGCCGGCGCCGCCUUGCGCGGCGUCCCGGCCUCGCACUUCGUGGGCAUCGACGGCGUCCGCGCCUUCCUGCGCUCCUACUCGCACGACGUGUCGCUCACCGCCGACUCGCGCAAGAGCCAGCUGCGCUGCGCGGGCGGCAGCUGCUGCGACACGCUCCCGGCCCGGCCGCCGCCCGACGAGGCCGCGCCGCUGCGCGGGGAAGACGCUGCCGCCCACCGCGCCGCCGAGCCCGACGGCCUCCCGGUGAGUGCUGCCACCGCCGCGGCUCCCCACUCCCUGCCUUCCCGCUCGCCUUUCGCUCCGGUCUUUGACUCCCCCUAGUGUCGCGUUUUCCCUUCUGCUCUCCAGGUUUCCUUUGAUGGCGAAUCUGUUACUAGGACCUGUCUCUUUCUUCUCCUCUAUCCUAAUUCUCUCUGAUGUUCGGCGUUAACGGCCCUCUUCUGCGAAUUGUUGUCGCUCUCUCUGUUGGGCAACGUUAGUGACAGUUCACUAUCCCGAGGCGUGUAGAGAUAUUCUUUCCGGGACGUGUGAAGUGUUAGCACUUUCACUGCCUCCUUUCAGUUCGUGCCGUGUCCUCCUCUCUCAGCUAUACCCGAAGGCACGCGACUCACUCGUCAGAUGAAGCUAUAUCCGUAAUAGAUUCCUUAUCUUAAAUGACUCGUUAGUUGAAGCUCUUUCCCCGGUUAAUGCCUUUGUCUUUCUAAUGGUCAGUUUAUGAAAACGUUAAUAUUGACAUGUCAGGAGCUGUAGCUUUGACGUCGUUCCUUUCUUUUUGAGGUAACCUUUACUUUUUAAUUACCUGCGCUGGUAAUUAAACUAUUUCCCUUUGUGUAGACACUGAAUAGAUGAGAGAGAGAGAAAGAGUUAAUCCUUUUUUGUUUUCAUGGACUGAUGCUUUGGCUCCCAUAUCAAUGAUAUCUUACAACUACUUGAGUAUCUCUUACCAUUGUCCGACUGGGUCCUAAUGACCCCUGUUGUAAUGAAACUUUUCCCUUCUUCCUCUUCAGAAUAUUUCCGUUGGUGCCUCAGGAUGUGCUGAGCACAUAAUUGCUUUUACCUUCUUCUGUGCAUUCGUUUUCAGGCACUUGUUGGAGAAACCGGCUUGCAAUAGGUUCUUAAGUACUGUCUGCUAGCUGUUAGGAUAAUACUUGAUUAGAACAGUUGUGAGUGUUUGUGAGUGGCGUCAGGGUGCUGUGUGUGAAGGGCACAUGGACAAAAUCUGUGAUAUAGUUUGCUUAUUCUCUGUCUUGGACAUAUCUAAGGUGGAUCUGGGUGGCAUGACAUAUGCACAUGCACAAGCUAUGGCAGCUGCAACUGUUUUUCAUGAUCCAGACUUCAUGUUUUUGCUGUUUAGUCUUCCUGGUGAAAGACGAUUGACAUCUGGUGGUUGACAUGUUGGAGAGCGGUUUCACUGUUACGUUGCCUUCUAGUCCAAAUUACUCUGCUUAUCCUUUCCUCCUUUACAACUCAUUCCUCAUCCUUCUCUUCCCCCACCCAUAGCAGUGAUUUGACUCACUCUUUGGAUGGCAAUAAGGGCAAUAAGAAUUGUCAGUUCACGGAUUUGGUUAGUUGAAAAUGGUUUUCCAAAUCUCACGCUUGGUCAUCGAGUUGUCAGUUUGUCUGAGUGUGAAAUUUAAGCAGUAGGACACUGUACGUAACUGGAUAGAAGCCACCUUUCCUUUCCCAUCUGAGGUAGCAGUAGGAUUUUGUUAGCAGCAUUGCCAUUGGAGUUCUUGUGUUUCUGUUCUUAUGUCCUAGUCAUUGUCUGGCAGAAAGAAUGAUAUCUGUGUAGAAUCAGGGCAGACAUGAAAUAGUUCAUCUUGCUUUUAUUGUACCUCUAUAGACAGUAGGUGUUCUUGUUCUUUCUGUUUCUACCUCGUUUGGGAUUUUUAAUUAGUGGAUGUAUUUGUCUGCUGCUUUUCUAUUUUUCCUUAAUCUUGCCAACAAGUGGUAUUUGUGUGACUUGAAACUGGUCAUAGGAUGGUAGAGUCAUGGAAUGGUUUGUGUUGGAAGGGACCUUUAAGAUCACCUAGUUCUAAUCCCUCUGCUGCAGUCAGGGAUGCCUCCCUCUAGACCAGGUUGUUCACAUUCCUAUCCAGCCUGGCCUUGAAUGUCUCUUGGGAGGGAACAGCCACAGCCUUGCAGGACAACCUGUUCUACUGUCUCACUACCCUCUCAAGUAAAUAAGUUCUUCCUAAUAUCUGUCUAGUCUAAACCUAUUGCCUUGUGUUUAAAGCCAUUUCCCCUUGUCCUUUCUGUACAUACCCUCUUAAAAAACCCUCACCAGCUUUCUGUGGGCUGCCUUCAGGUACUGGAAGGUCAGUAUAAGGUCUCCCCAGCACCUUCUCUUCUCUAUGCUGAAGAGCCCCAGCUCUCUCAGACUGUCCUCAUGGGGGAGGUGCUCCAGCUCUCUGAUCAUCUCCGUGGCCCUCCUCCAGACCUGCUUCAACACCCCAAUGUCCUGUUUGUUUUGGGGAACAGUGAACUGGAUGCUGUACUCCAGGUGGUGUCUCAGAAGGGCAGAGUAAGGGGGCAGAAUCACCUCCCUCGACCUACUGGUCACAAUUCUGUUGAUGCAACCCAGGAUAUUGUUGGCUUUGUGGGCUGAAAGUGCACAUUGCAGGCUCAUGUUUCAUCUUUAAUUAACUGACAUCCCUGAAUCCUUCUCCUCUCAGGUUGCUUUCAGGCCUUUCUCCAUCCAACUUUUAUCUGUGCUUGGGAUUGCCCCAACCCAGGUGUAGGACCUCACACUCAGCCUUGUUGAACUUCAUGAGGUUGGCAUGGGCCCACCUCUCAAGCCUGUCUGGGUUCCUCUGGAUGAUAUCCCUUCCCUCUAGCGUGUCAACUACACCACUCAGCUUGGUGUCUUCUGUAAACUAGCUGAGGUUUCACUCAAUCCCACUGUCUAUGCCAUCUACAAAGAUGUGAAAUAACACAAGCCCCAGCAUCAAUCCCCAAGGAAUGCCACUCAUCACUGUUACCUUGUGAUAUGCUGUUUCUACACAGGCAUCAUUAGGUCAUCAUUUUCUUGAAGGAUGUUUUUUUUUCCCAUUUCUGGACAGUGCUUUUGCAUAUGGAAAUGGCAGGAUCCAAACUUCAAGUUCUUGAUGCUUCUUCUUCCUACAGAAAGAUUGUCAUCUGUUGGUUGACAUGUUUGAGAGUGAUUUUGAGUGUUGUACUGGAGGAAAUCCUUCCUUCCUUCCUUCCUUUGACAACAUCUCAAUCACCCAAAGAUAGAAAAUUCUGUUUGAGGAGAAAGCGAGCAGAAGGUGAAAGUGUGUGACGUACAAUUUCUCAAAAGCAUUAAAGUCCAAAAGGCCCAUGAGAAUGGGUGUAAACUUUUGGUUCCAUUAUUUCUGUGUGCUUCCAGUAGUGAGCGUGCUUUGACAGAUGCCUGAACCCUUUUGCUCUUUCCACAUUCAGACAUCUUCCUGACUGGGCUUAGGCUUGCUGGCUGAGAUUGUCCUAAAAUUGAACAAUGCUUAUCCAGGUAUAAAUUCUGCUUCUCAUCUAAACUCUUCAAACCUUUCUACUUGAUGAUCUAUUGAGGGAUGAUCAUGCUGCAGAUGGGACAUGGUGGAAAAAAUGAGUGGGUAACUGACGCUUUGAUGCCGUUUGGUAUCAACAAAUACUAAGGCAAUGGUGAAAAGUGUAUUUGACAAUGGCUCAGGGAUGCCAUAGGAGUAUAGCUCAUGCAGGAAGGAGUAAUGUUUGAAUGCCAAACUUUCACGUGCAGAGAAGUCUUCUCUAGAGCACAAAUGCAGUGGCAGAAUCCCUCUUAUGGGUUCAUUACCUGAAUUUCGAGUUGAAUAAAACUUGGUGUGAUGGAAGAGUGAUGUCUGAUGAGGGAUAGCAAUGUUCUUCCCUUCUGUACUUUUCACUUCUUGGCCUUGUUUGUUUUCUAGAUUGAACUGGGCCUCAGGACAGGACGAGGACUUGAAUAUACUUAAGUUUCCCUGCAGUGUCACUGAAUGAAAUGCUCUCACCAGUGGCUGACACAUGGGUAAAAUAUGGAUGUUGUCCAUGGAGCACGUAAAGGGUGGUGAGUGGCUGGAUGUGAAUGUGGAAAGCUGGUGGGUCAGCAGUGAUAUUGCGUGGACAGCAGAUUGAUUUCAUAGUUGGUGUCAUGGCCUUCAGCAUCUCUGCACAUUUUAAUCUCGUUUUUAUUGUUUUUAUUGGCAGUGGUAGUCUUCUGAUGAUCACAGAUUUUCAAAUAACUGUGCGCAUAGAGUGAUGAUGUAUACCUGUAACGUAGUAUAUUUCUUCUGUGAAGCUCUGUUAACCCAUCCAUGUUGAGCUAUAAUGUGACAGAGAGUAUCUUCUUAGCUUUAAUUCUUUUUCAGGGAUUUGUUCCCCGUGCCUUUGUGGUUUGUGUUUCCCAUUUCUGGAUAGGGAUUUUGCACUUGGAAAUGGCAUGGUUGUAUUGCAAGAUCUCCUUCCUCCUUUGGCAAGGUUUCAACCAUCUAAAGUCAGAGGAUUCCAUCUAAUGAAACUGAAACGGAAUCCCUCAAAAUUUCCUGAAAUAGUUGGGAAAGAUUCCUGUGGUGACACUUCUACGUUUAAAGUUUUGUAUUCAUUCAAGAUGAGCAGGAUGCAUAAGAAGAUACUUUGUGAAAGCUAGCAACUUUUUCUGAAGAUGUCAUCCACAGGUAGUACAGAGGAUGGCACUGAGGCACUACUUGCAGCGUAGGUCCUCAGUGAAUUUCCCAUGCACUGUGGAUGAAUGCUGUUGCUUGUAGAGAAGACUGUGACACCGUCCUGGUGCGUUUCUCUUGAAAGCUUCCUUUCCUACUUGAGGGACUGUAUCUACUCCUAGACUUUUGUUUAUGUAGAAAGGGUUUGUUGUCAUUGUUGUUUGCUUAUUUAUUUUUGAUGUAUUUUAUUUUGUAUCUGUUGUUCACAUAAGCCACUAGCUGGGUAUUUCAAGAGAGUUACAGAUGGUGUGGGAGACUGGAGACGUGUAGGUACUUCCGUGUUCUGCCUGUGCUGGAAACGUAAACCUCAAAAGACUGAAAGAUUGUACACUUGUGGGAAUGAGGGAGUGGUUUCAAUACAGACCUUGAACGUUUACAGCUGUCACGGCUAAGGCUUUGAUGUAUUUCUCCAUCCGUUAAAUGUCAGUGGAUGGAAUGCGCUUGCCACUGAGAGAGAGAACCGUAGGAAUGCGGGCACUGUCCGUGGUGCUGACUGUGUGUGUGAUUGUGGAGUACAGAGAUGAAAACCUAGUUUAUAGCAAAGAAACUUGGUAUGUUAAUGUGCCUUUGGUUGGGCAGUGGUAUGCUUUCAUCUCUGGUGCCACGGCCGCUCUUUUUCUGCUAUGAUUUUCCUGUCCUUAGAGGUAGUGAUGCUUCCCUGAGAAUCAAAAGCAUUUGGCAAAAGCUGCAGACAGCUGAGGUCUGGGAGGUGAACGAGUGGAUCGAGAAGGACUUAACACUAAUGAAGAAAAAGACGAAGAGGAGCUGAAGGAUGGUGUGGUAGCAGAUGUCCCCCGCAAAUGCAAAACUAGAACCGUAACUGCUCCAAAGGAGUGACUUCAUCAUAAAACUGCAUGUAGACCUGCAUGCACGUCUAUCAUCAGCCUCUGUUGCCUUCAUACCAAACUUCAAGGUGGUUUCCUCUGGUGUGUGAGUUGGUAUCUUGUUGGAAAGAAAGUAGGUGAACU